AUGUCUCAACGCGCCCCGCCCAAUCUUGCAACUACUAACAUCGUUCGCACCACUAGGGAAAGCUUCGAUAACAUCUAUCUUGAUCUCAGCAAGGAAUCCGGAAAAUGCAGAUUUGCGGAGACUGGAUUUGGUUGGAAACCAUCGGGUGGAGGUGAAACGUUCACAGUGGACAGCAGCACAGUUGGAGGUGCGCAGUGGAGUCGCGCCAGUAAAGGUUACGAGGUGAAGGUGCUGUUGAGAAAUUCGGGGGUUGUGCAGUUGGAUGGCUUCUUACAGGAGGAUUUUGAGCGCAUAGGCAAAGUCUUUAAGAAUUUCUACAGCACGAAUCUCGAACAUAAAGAACACGCAUUGCGAGGUUGGAAUUGGGGGAAAGCAGAAUUUGGGAAAGCAGAAUUGGCUUUCAACGUGCAAAACAGACCGGCCUUCGAAAUUCCGUAUUCAGAAAUCACGAAUACCAAUUUAGCGGGAAAGAAUGAGGUUGCUGUUGAAUUUUCGCUCCCAGCUAAUGGAGAUGAUACCGGUACAAACGGCUCAUUAGGUGGUGCGAGGGGCAAGGGAAAGAAAGCAGGAGCGGGGAAGGAUCAGCUUGUUGAGAUGCGGUUUUACAUUCCUGGAGUUACAACCAAGAAAGAGGCUCUGGAGGGCGAUGAUGCGCCCAGCGAUGCUGAAGGCGACGAAGAGCAAAAUGCUGCGAAUCUAUUUUAUGAUACCCUGAUGGACAAGGCCGAGAUUGGAGAGGUUGCUGGUGAUACUUUCGCAACUUUCUUGGAUGUUUUACAUCUCACACCAAGAGGACGUUUCGAUAUCGAUAUGUACGAAAACUCCUUCAGGUUGCGGGGCAAGACAUACGACUACAAGAUCCAGUAUGAACACAUUAAGAAGUUUAUGUGUUUGCCCAAGCCUGAUGAAACUCAUUUCAUGAUCUGUGUCGGUCUUGAUCCACCACUUCGACAAGGUCAGACGAGAUAUCCAUUCUUGGUAAUGCAAUUUAAGAAGGAUGAGGAAGUGACAAUCGAUCUCAAUAUGACUGAGGAGCUAUUGAAGGAAAAAUAUGGAGGAAAGUUGGAACCACACUAUGAACAACCCUUCCACCAAGUCGUUACAGCAGUCUUCCGUGGCCUUGCCGCCAAGAAGGUCAAUCAACCGGCAAAGGAUUUCUCCAGUCAUCACGGUCAAUAUGGCAUUAAAUGCUCUAUCAAAGCCAGCGAAGGUUUCUUAUACUGCUUAGAGAAAGCUUUCAUGUUCGUCCCAAAGCCUGCAACAUACAUUUCUUUCGAGCAAGUCAAGACUGUCGUCUUUUCCCGCGUUGGUGGAGCUGUCUCGGCAAGCCGAACCUUUGACAUUACAGUCCAAUUGAAAGAAGGAGGCGAGUCACAAUUUUCAAAUAUCAACAGGGAAGAGCAGAAGCCUCUCGAGGACUUCUUUAGAAUUAAGCAACUUCGCGUCAAGAACGAAAUGGAGGAGGACAACACCGCCAUUCUGAAAGCCGCUCUUCGCGCAGAAGAGUUACAGAGCAGUGACGAAGAAGUUGUUGCAGCACGUGCGGAUAGAGGUAGCGCAGCCGAAGAUAGCGAAAGCGACGAUGAGGAUUUCAAGUCGGAUAGUGACAGUGAUGUCGCCGAGGAGUUCGACUCUAAUCAUGAGAGUUCGGGAAGUGAAGAUGAAGAUGGUGGUCCUGCUAGUGAUGCUGAAGAGCGGCCGAAAAAGAAGGCGAAGACUGGUUAA